UAUAUUCUGAUAUUGGUAAAGAAUUACCAUAUCUCAAAGUUACAGAGGAAAUCAAUGGAGUCGGGAACAUCAGGUACAGGGAUUGACGAUGAAGGUAGAAAACAUCCAACAUGGAAAAGAUUGUUAAAAGAGGUUAGGAAGGUGAGCUUGUUAGCAGCACCAAUGAUAACAGUGUCCAUUCUCCAAUAUAUGGUGCAAGUUGUGGCGUUGAUGAUGGUUGGACAUCUUGGUGAGCUUCCUUUGGCUAGUGUUGCUAUUUCCAUCUCUGUUACCAACGUCACCGGAUAUAGCCUUUUUAUUGGGUUAUCUGGUGGGUUGGAUACAUUAUGUGGGCAAGCAUAUGGUGCAAAACAAUACAAAAAAAUAGGAACAUACGUUUUCAGUGCAAUAAUAUCUCUGCUACUUAUUUGCAUCCCCAUAAUCUUACUAUGGAUUUUCAUGGACAAAUUACUAAUUUUGAUGGGGCAAGAUCAUGAAAUCUCUAUACAAGCACAAAAAUUCGCGGUUUGGCUAAUCCCAGGACUUGUAGCAAGCGCAAUCUACAAUCCCUUAGUUCGAUUUUUGCAAUGCCAAAGCCUAGUUUUGCCUUUGCUCCUAAACUUUGGAGUUGUUCUUGGUAUAAACACAUUAUCAUGUUGGAUUUCUGUGUACAAAUUGAAGUUUGGGAUUCAAGCAGUCGCCUUCUCUCUUAGUCUUUGCAGUUGGCUCAACGUUGUGUUUCUUGGAGUUUAUAUCAAGUGUUCUUCUGUUUGUGAGAAAACUCGUGCACCAUUCUCCAAAGAAGCUUUCUACAAUAUCUGGCCUUUUCUCCGGUUUGGCUUCCCUGCUGCUUUAAUGGUUUGCCUCAAGUGGUGGGCAUUUGAAGCAGUGACUCUACUUUCGGGACGUCUUCCCAAUCCACAACUUGAGACAUCUGUGCUCUCCAUUUGCCUAAACAUAUCGACAUUACUAUUUACCGUGCCUGUUGGAUUAGGCGUUUCAGUGGGUAUAAGGGUGUCGAACGAGCUAGGUGCAGGAAACGCAGAAGCAGCAAAGUUAUCAGCUUGGAUAGUUACAAGUGCAGUUGUAAUAGAAACAUUAGUAGCAAGUGUGAUAUUGUUUGGUAUACGUCAUGUAGUGGGAAACGCUUACAGUCAUUCCAAACAAGUAGUGAGUUAUGUUGCUACAUUGGUUCCUUUCCUGUGCCUUUCAAUUAUCACUGAUGGCCUUCAGAUGGUCCUUUCUGGUGUUGCAAAAGGAAGCGGAUGGCAGCGACUAGGAGCGUAUGUCAACCUAGGGGCUUUUUACCUAGUAGGAAUACCGGUCGCAGUAGUGCUCGCUUUUGUACGCCAUAUGAAUGCAAAGGGUCUUUGGAUUGGGAUACUAGUAGGCUCAAUCUUGCAAUCGAUACUUCUCAUCAUAGUUACCACUCUUACAAAUUGGCAAAAACAGGCUAGCAAGGCUAGAGAGAGGGCAAGUGUAGGUAAUGGAGAACGGAGAGCUGAUAACAUUCAAUGACGGCCACUAAAUUUCAGUAGCAUUGAUGCGGGCAACUUAAUUUUGUAAAACCUCUAGAGAAAUUUAGUUCUUACGUAGUACUCCCUCCGUCUCUUUUUGUUUUUUACGUUUUCCUUUUUGGGUGUUUCAAAAUGUUCUUUAUAUUUCCUUUUAUAUUAUCACAUAAAUGAUUUAAUAUUCUAUCAA